UACAAGAUCACCCGUCGCUGCUUCACCUUCAGCCAUCUUAACCAUGCUGGGAGCUGUGGGACGGUGCUGCAGCGGGGCUCUGCAGGCUUUGAAGCCUGGGGUCAACUCAUUUAAGAUCCUCAAUGGAAGACAUGGGGCUCUUUAUUCACGCAGGGCUUAUGCUGCCCCAGCUGCUCAAGCAGCUCUGGGUAAUGGCCGAAUAGUGGCUGUCAUUGGUGCUGUGGUGGAUGUGCAGUUUGAUGAAGGCCUACCUCCCAUUCUCAAUGCACUGGAGGUGUCUGGUCGGGAGAGCAGGCUGGUGCUGGAGGUGGCACAGCAUCUGGGUGAAAACACAGUUAGAACAAUUGCUAUGGAUGGUACAGAGGGUCUAGUCCGUGGACAACAGGUUCUUGACACUGGUGCACCCAUCAGGAUUCCUGUGGGACCAGAGACACUAGGAAGGAUCAUGAACGUCAUUGGAGAGCCUAUUGAUGAGAGGGGUCCAAUCACUACCAAACAAACUGCUCCUAUUCAUGCAGAAGCCCCUGAAUUCACGGACAUGAGUGUAGAACAAGAGAUCCUGGUCACUGGCAUCAAAGUAGUGGAUCUUCUGGCACCCUAUGCCAAGGGUGGAAAGAUUGGGUUGUUUGGUGGUGCUGGUGUUGGCAAGACUGUGUUGAUUAUGGAGCUGAUCAACAAUGUGGCCAAGGCUCAUGGUGGUUACUCUGUGUUUGCUGGAGUGGGAGAGCGUACCCGUGAGGGAAAUGACUUGUAUCAUGAAAUGAUCGAGUCAGGUGUCAUUAAUCUGAAGGACACCACCUCAAAGGUAGCACUGGUGUACGGUCAGAUGAAUGAGCCUCCAGGUGCUCGUGCCAGAGUUGCUCUGACUGGUCUGACUGUUGCUGAAUACUUCCGUGAUCAGGAAGGACAAGACGUGCUUCUCUUUAUUGACAACAUCUUCAGGUUCACCCAAGCUGGAUCAGAGGUGUCUGCCCUGUUGGGUCGUAUCCCCUCCGCUGUGGGGUAUCAGCCUACACUGGCCACUGACAUGGGUACCAUGCAGGAGAGGAUUACCACCACCAAGAAGGGCUCCAUCACCUCAGUGCAGGCUAUCUAUGUGCCUGCUGAUGAUUUAACUGACCCUGCUCCGGCCACAACUUUUGCUCACUUGGAUGCAACAACUGUGCUGUCCCGUGCUAUUGCUGAGCUUGGUAUCUAUCCUGCCGUGGACCCUCUGGAUUCCACCUCUCGUAUCAUGGACCCCAACAUCGUCGGAGCUGAACACUAUGAUGUUGCUCGUGGUGUACAGAAGAUUCUUCAGGAUUACAAAUCCCUACAGGACAUCAUUGCCAUCUUGGGUAUGGAUGAGUUGUCAGAGGAAGACAAGUUAACUGUAGCUCGUGCUCGCAAGAUUCAGCGUUUCUUGUCUCAGCCCUUCCAAGUAGCAGAAGUCUUCACAGGCCAUUUGGGCAAGCUGGUGCCUCUCAAGGAGACAAUCAAAGGCUUCCAAAGCAUUCUUGGAGGCGAAUAUGAUGCUCUGCCAGAACAAGCUUUCUACAUGGUGGGUCCCAUUGAAGAAGUUGUCCAAAAGGCUGAGAAACUGGCAGAAGAGCAUUCAUAAAUAUUCUGAAUGUAAAGCUGGAAAGAACAUUUGUACAGUGUAAUUUCUUUAUGAGGAACUUUUCAUGCUAAAUGUUGUCAUGCUGUGGUUCCAUUUCUCUGUAAAGAUUAAAGAUGAAAUAAAAAAAGUGACAUUGUGAUAUA